AGUUUGAGCGCAUUUUAACUCCGCACUUCCAGGUCAAGGGGCACCAACAUGGAAUCGGGGAGCAGACGGUGACUUCGCCAUGUCCGCCCUCGGCCGGUAUGACCGGCACUGCGACUCCAUCAACUCGGACUUUGGCGAUUCGGUGCGAAGCUGCGGACCUGAGCAGGAGGAGCUGCACUACAUCCCCAUCCGGGUCCUGGGGCAUGGGGCUUAUGGGGAGGCCACUUUGUACCGGCGCACUGAGGAUGAUUCCCUUGUUGUUUGGAAAGAAGUUGGCCUUGCCCGGCUCUCUGAGAAGGAACGUCGUGAUGCUCUAAAUGAAAUUGUCAUCUUAUCUCUGUUGCAACAUGAUAAUAUUAUUGCAUAUUACAACCAUUUCCUGGACAGCAACACCUUGCUUAUCGAGCUGGAAUACUGCAAUGGUGGUAACCUGUUUGACAAAAUUGUCCGUCAGAAGGCCCAGCUUUUCCAAGAAGAGAUGGUUCUUUGGUAUCUGUUCCAGAUUGUGUCAGCCGUGAGCUGUAUCCACAGAGCAGGGAUACUACACAGAGAUAUUAAAACACUGAACAUCUUUCUGACCAAGGCAAAUCUAAUAAAACUUGGAGAUUAUGGCUUGGCCAAACAGCUCAGCUCUGAAUAUUCCAUGGCUGAAACGUGUGUUGGCACUUUAUAUUACAUGUCUCCUGAGCUAUGUCAAGGCGUGAAAUACAGUUUCAAAUCAGACAUCUGGGCAGUGGGAUGUGUUCUUUACGAGCUUCUGACUCUGACUCGUACAUUUGAUGCCACGAACCCUUUGAAUCUGUGUGUAAAGAUAGUGCAAGGAAACUGGGCAAUGGGCCUGGACAACAGUGUGUACUCCCAAGAUUUGAUCGAAGUGGUGCAUGCUUGCCUGGAACAGGACCCAGAGAAGCGCCCAACAGCAGAUGAGAUUCUGAAAAUGCCAAUAUUGAGCUGGAGGAGAAGAGACAUGGAGGAAAAAGUAUCUAUGCUGAAUCGAUCCAAUAAGAAGCCCAGGACGGGUACAGUUACAGAAGCCCCUAUCGCUGUCGUUACAUCAAGGAGCAGUGAGGUGUAUGUAUGGGGAGGUGGAAAGACCACUCCUCAGAAGCUGGAUGUUUUCAAGGGUGGAUGCCGAGCACGGCAGGUCUGUGCUGGAGAUGCUCAUUUUGCUGUAGUGACCGUGGAAAAAGAGCUUUACACUUGGGUGAACAUGCAGGGAGGAUCAAAACUACAUGGACAGUUGGGACACGGAGACCGUGCCUCCUACCGUCAACCAAAACAUGUGGAAAAACUUCAAGGAAAGUCAGUACAGCAAGUCAGUUGUGGAAGUGAUUUCACCGUAUGCAUUUCAGAUGAGGGACAACUAUAUUCAUUUGGCUCAGAUUAUUAUGGCUGUCUUGGUGUAAAUCAGUCUGCAGGUGCUGAAGUCCUUGAGCCGCUCUUGGUGGAUUUCUUUUUAAAUGAGCCAGUAGAGCAGGUCUCCUGUGGGGAUAGCCACAUUAUUGCACUGACACGAAGCAAGUGUGUUUACUCCUGGGGUUGUGGGGAGUAUGGACGCUUAGGAUUGGACUCAGAAGAUGACGUCUAUUCUCCUCAGAAGGUAGAGGUGCAGCGAGACCUCUGUAUUGUGAAUGUUUGUUGUGGUUCAGAUGGAAGUUUCCUAUUGACUCUCACAGGUAAAGUCCUUGCCUGUGGCCUUAAUGAGCACAAUAAGCUGGGUCUGAACCAGUAUACAGCAGGGAUAAUUAACCAUGAAGCCUUCCAAGAGGUCCCAUACACAACCUCCCUGACACUUGCCAAACAGUUGUCUUUUUAUAAGAUUCGCAGUAUUUCCCCUGGAAGGACUCACACAGCAGCCAUUGACGAGCGUGGGCGACUUUUGACUUUUGGUUCAAAUAAGUGUGGACAACUGGGAGUAGGAGAUUACCGGAAGCAUCUUGGAAUCAAUCUUCUUGGAGGACCUUUAGGUGGCAAACAAGUAAUUAGAGUGUCUUGCGGGGAUGAGUUUACAAUUGCAGCUACAGCUGAUAAUCACAUCUUUGCUUGGGGAAAUGGUGGAAAUGGACGCCUAGCAAUGACCCCAAAUGAACGCCCACAAGGCUCUGAUAUCUGCACCUCAUGGCCCCGUCCGAUAUUUGGGUCCCUACAUCAUGUCACUGACCUCUCCUGUCGUGGCUGGCACACAAUCCUGAUUGUAGAGAAAGUACUGAACUCCAAAACAAUUCGUUCAAAUAGCAGUGGAUUAUCCAUUGGGACCCUCGCACAAAGCUGCUCAUCGGGUUCUGGAAGUAGAGAGGAGGAUAGUGAACGUGAAUCUCUGACCUCCGAUCCCAGUAGAGGAUUUCGUGGUACCAUAGAAGCUGAGCCUGAAACAGGUCCAUUUAAUACAACUGAAAACAUGGAAAGCAGCUCAUGCCCCAGCUGGCUCCGACAGGAGCUGGAGGAAGCAGAGUUCAUUCCAAUGCCAGAUACACCAAACUUUGUUAGCAUGGAGUCCUCACAAAAUGGGACCACAUCAUUGCAGGAUGUGAAAGAGACUCCUAAUGCUCUAGAGAAGCCUUCAUUUCAAGCUUGCACAUGCAGCACUCUACAGGAGGAGGUGCGAAAGCUGCAAGACGUUGUGUCCACCUAUAGGAGUGAGCAAGAAUUACUGUGUAGGGAGAACUCACGUUUGGCACUGGAAGUCCAGGAACUAAAUGCCAAGCUCCAGUCAGCCAUGCAGAUGAACCAAGUUGUAAAUAAGCAUGGGGAAGCAAUACAUCAGCUCCAAAAACAGUUGGCCUUGUAUUGGAAGAGUUCUCCUCCAUCUGCGGGCAAUGCUGAGACCUCCAGGGAGGAUUCUGAUGCAGAAUCCUGGUGCUUCUUGGGUACAGAAGCCUGUCGUUCUUCCUCUGGGACACCAAUGUGAUACUCCAUGGAAGCCUCCUUUUGACAGUCUACUCACACACAAUUAAAUGUGUUUAAUCAUAUAGCCAUGUGAGCAGCAUGUGGAUUCUUUCAGGUCGAUGAAGAGCUGUUUCUGUGCCUUAAGGUUAAGCCAUGCCCCGCUAGCACACUCCACACUGGAGGAUACUACAUUUUUUUUAAAUUCUACUUCAGCAUUUGUCUCUCUUAACUUUUAAGUGAAUGAAAGUUUUUUUGCAGCAAAGGAACGGAGAAAAAAAGCUGUUUAUGGUGAGAGUGAAGGGUAACAUGAAGUUUAUAAUGAAGCCACUGUAAAUGGUCAGCACAGUGCUAGUGACAAACCCCCUCAUUGUGCACAAUUCUCCGCUCAGCUUGUGGACACUGCAUAACUUUAUUUUUCACCACAGAUGUUUUAGCUCUCUGUAUUGCGCGUGGUCUUAUAAUGACUGGAAUACACAGAUCACUGUGCAUGGCCCCAUAUUAAGAUCAAUGUUUUCUUAUUUUGUUCUCCAGUCACUUUCAGCGUAUAAUCAGUAUUGGACUCACAACCUGUAGCAAGGGUGGAGAGGGAGACAUCUUUGGUCUGUAAACCUUAACACAGUAUUGUUUGUGGAGUACCGGAGCAGGCAGCUCGAUCUUGUUGUCUGUCUCAGAUGGUCAACUUUUAUGCCAGUUAUGUGAAGAAAAACUGAGCUUUCUGUGAUCAGACUAAUCCCAGCAAAACAGUUAUCAGAAUACAUUCUUUUAGGUCAGCAAAAUAAGUGGCAAUGGAGGAAUGAAUGAGUAGAAGGUGUUUACAAAGAGAAGCUCUGCUAGGUAAUUGCAAAUGAUGAAAGAAAAUCCUAGAGACAGUAUGUUUGCUGCAAGGAGACCUGUUACAGAGAGAGAAGUUAUAUGAGGCAAAAGCAAAGGUGUAUGUGGGAUUUGAGUGAUAGGAAUGCUUAGUGGAGGUUGUGCUUGCACAGCAAGCAGAGGUAAACGAAAGGUAAAAAUUAUUGCUGCUGUUUUUUUUAGUUAAGGGUUUAAAGUCAACAGGAAGAAAUACAAAACAUUUACCCAGUGUUUAAGGGACAGCACCACUUAUAUCGCUACUCUAAAAAAAGCAUGUUUGUACACUGUCAAAUAUAUGUAAACUUUUAAAAUGCCAUUUGUUGGCAUAUGUGUUUUUGCCUAAGGCAUGGACCACCAAUUUUGCUGACUAAUUAAACUUGGUCAUAUGUGCUCAAUAAACAGACUCCCCUUA